GUUUCAAAUGUGUCCGCCUUACUCUUCCUUUUUGAUUUCUGUUUCUUUGAGUGCAACAUUGCUCGAAGUUUAAGAAAAUAAAAAAUAGUUCAGCGCUGGUCACAGGAGACUAACUCGACUAAUUAUGGCGGCAGUUGGUAAAGAUAUUGAUACAAAGCAACAACAAGCUGAGACUUCAACGGUUCAUCGUAUUCGCAUCGUUUUGACAGCAUGUAAUGUUCGCUCGCUUGAAAAAGUAUGCGCCGAUUUGAUUUCGGGAGCAAAGAAACAAAAGUUGCGUGUUAAGGGACCAAUUCGUAUGCCAACAAAUGUCUUGAGAAUCACGACACGUAAAACACCUUGCGGUGAAGGUUCAAAGACUUGGGAUCGCUUCCAGGCACUUCGUGACAAUCCUAAAGCAAUGGACGAUGAUAAGAACAAUGUGAAAUACGCGAAGUUGCUAACAGAAUACUCAAAACUACGAGCGCAGGCGAAGGUAUUAAAAAAUGCCGUACUCGAAGAAAAGAAUAAAGUAUCCGUUAUGCAAGAGUCAUUACGUAUAAAGGAUCAGAAUUUGCGACGAGCUGAAGCAGAACUGGAUUCUGUAAAUUUUCGGAAUAAACAAUUAGAACUCCGAGUUCAAGUGAUUCAAGAUGAUCUUCAGAAAACCGCUAAGAGCAGCGGGAGUAAAAAUAAUAAAAUGCGUGAUAAUCAAAUUACGGGAAAUGGUCAAAUUGAUCCGAUAAUUGCAGAAGAACUUCAAAAACGUAUCAUGGAAAAUGCUCAGUUGGCAUCAGCGAUUUCAGACAAAAACAAUGAAAUUGAAAUGUAUACAAGUCGUAUAAAAGAUUUAGAAACGCAAUUGUCAAAGCAUAUUCAUGACCAUUCAGAAUCAGAAAAGAAGCUGCGCAAAGAAAUUGAGGUGCUAUCAUUGAAAUCAACAGAACUGGAAACAAAGAUAAUUGAAUCGACAAGCCAAGUAGGAAGUGAAAGCGAUGCUGUAAGUUUGGCAAGUGACUCAACACUUCCACUUCAUUUGACCACCUCAUCUGAUGAAAGAAUUGCUUUUCUUGAAAAGGAACUCAAUCAUUAUCGCACACAAUACGAGUUGAUGAAGAUCAACGAUGCAUUACGAAUGGAUGAGAAUUUAAUAACUCAACACAAUUUAUUGCAAAACAACAAUCAACCAAGGAAAGUUUUGUCAUCGCAAUCGUCAACUUCAUCGUCAAUGUCCACCAACAAUAAUCACUCGACUCUUGUUAAUUAUCCUACAAGUAAUCACAGUAGUGGUAGCGGAAGUAAAUCAUCGCCAUGUCAGAAUAGUAAAUGUUUGCCCGAGCCUGCUUCGAAAUGUGAUGAUGACCCUAAUGAGCCAAUAACUCGAGAUCAACUCGUUUAUGAUUAUUUCAGCAAACGUUUUGAUGAACUUUUCAAUGAAAAGUGUAAAGCUGAAUCCAAAGUUGUCAACUACAUGACUGAAUGUGAUUCUUUACGUUCUAACAUCGAAUUAUGGCUAGAUGAUAUUCAGGAGAAGGAUCGUAUUUUAAAAGAAUCUCAAGCAUCGUUUGAACGCCUUGAAGAAGACUUCAUAACGACUCGUGUGAACUACGAGGAGCAGAUUUGCGUGUUGACUGAUCAGGUUCUUCAUUUGAAUGAUCGAAAUAGCACCAACAAUUGGUAUUUUCUCGAAAACCAAAAGCGAAACGAUGACGGGUCAACGUUGUUGCAGGACGAACAAAGGGACAAAAAGAGAACUGAAGACUUCAUAUCAAAUGAGCUUCAUGCGAUGUCAACAUUGAGUCUUUACGAAGACGACGUGGUCGAUAAAGUCGUCGCUAGGGAAGCUGAUAAGGCAUCGGGUGAGAACAGUCCGCUAGGAACGUCGUUGCAUUCUUCAAUGAAGUUUGAGAGUGAACCAUAUGAAAGGGAAGUCGAGACAGUAACAUCGACUGGCGUCGAAUAUCGCAUUAACAUCCCGCCAAGCGUCGAUGUCGCAGAUUAUCCACAGAAUCCCUAUGUGGGGAGGGAAAUAAAAAACUCUUCGCUCUACUUUGAAGAUGGGGAGAGGUCAGUGGACUUUGUGCUUGUUUGGAAAAAGUUAAUGCCGUCUCCUGACGAUGAAAAAAAUGAAAUUUUACGACAAAAAGAGAUCGAAGAACUUACUAAGAAAGAAAGUGAAAGAGAAGAGAGACGGGAAGUGUUUGAAGAGAAUUUAAUUCAUGAACAUUUAGAAAUCGAAAGGGAAAUCAUCGAUGAUGAAAUAAAUUUCGUGAAAAUUCAUGCACCACUUGAAGUACUUCGUACAUACGCUGAAAUUCUUAAACUUCGUCUGCCGAUGAAAGAGUCGCUAUGUAUACAACAAAUUGUUGAAAAGGAUGAAGAUGAAAAGGAAACAAUCACAGAAAAAAAUAUCAAAGAAAAGAUCCGAGGGCUUACAACUUUUAAAGACAAAUCGGAACCGUUCCUUAAAGGACCGUGGAAGUAUAUCGUAAAGAAAAUAAUGGUUGAUGAAAAGAAUUUCCCUCCGAUUUCACACAGAUUCACUGCCGUAUACUCUCGUGAUAAGGAGUAUCUCUUCGAUCUCAAACAGUCAUCGUUUUUUAACUCGAAUAUUCGUGCGAGAAUUGUACAAUUCAUCUUAGACCGCCAAACAUAUUCACGUGACUCUGAACACGAUUAUUCUUUUGGAAUCGACAGACUCGUAAAUGAUGGAACUUAUUUCGCCGCUUAUCCAUUACAUGAUGGUGAAAUCACUACUAAAGGUUCUACAAGGCAUUUAUUAUACACUAAAUGGGCAACAAUGAAGAAGUGUUGGCAAUAUCAACCUUUGGAUUACAUCAAAAAUUACUUUGGUGUUAAGAUUGGAAUUUAUUUUGCUUGGCUUGGAUUUUACACGUACAUGUUAACACUUGCAUCUAUUGCUGGUGUUAUAAGUUUCAUUUAUUCACUCCAAUGGAUGCACAACAAUCCCAUCAGUCAUCAAAUAUGCCAAAACAACCACACAAUCAUCAUGUGCCCUUUAUGUGACCGCCAAUGUGAUUAUUGGGAUCUUAAAGAAACAUGUUUACAAACACGUGUGACGUCAUUAUUUGACAAUCCUGUGACUGUCAUCUUUGCUGUCAUCAUGUCAUUUUGGGCUGCAUUAUUUCUGGAACAUUGGAAACGUUAUUCAGCUGAAAUUACUCAUCGUUGGGAUUUGACAGGGUUUGACGUGCAUGAAGAACAUCCAAGACCUCAAUAUCUUGCAAAAUUGAAAACAAUAAGGAAGAAACAAGAUUAUGUGACGAAUGCGAAUGAACCGAAUGUUCCAUUUUGGAGAAUGAAAUUACCAGCGACACUCUUCAGUGUUUCAGUUGUGCUUCUUUUAAUUCUUGUCGCACUUGCGACCGUCAUUGGUGUUGUUCUUUAUCGAAUGAGUGUUAUGGCAUCAAAAGCAUUCAGUGACAUGGAUACAUCGAUCGCAAUUCUAAUCACAACAUCAACAGCUGCAAUCAUUAAUCUCGUGAUGAUUUUCAUUCUCAACUAUCUCUAUGAAUAUCUCGCUGAAUGGUUGACAGAAAUGGAAUUGUUAAGAACACAAACUGAAUUUGAUGACAGUUUAACAUUGAAGAUUUAUUUGUUGCAAUUUAUCAACUAUUAUGCAAGUAUUUUUUACAUUGCAUUCUUUAAAGGGAAAUUUAUUGGCACGCCAAAGAGUUACAACAGAUUCUUCGAUAAUCGACAGGAAGAAUGUGGACUUGGUGGAUGUUUGAUGGAGUUGAUGAUACAACUUGCCAUUAUUAUGAUCGGCAAGCAAUUCAUGAAUGCUUUGCUUGAGAACUUUUGGCCACUUCUUUUGAAGUACAUUAAUUCGUAUAAGUUGAGAACAGGAAAAAAACGAGAACGGUCAUUAAAGUCAAGAGGUCAACGAUAUGUCAGAGACUUGAAGCUGGUUGAAUUCGGUUCAAGAGGAUUAUUUCCUGAAUAUCUUGAGAUGAUCUUGCAAUAUGGAUUUGUGACAAUUUUUGUAGCAGCUUUUCCAUUAGCACCACUCUUUGCAUUGAUCAACAACAUUUGUGAGAUGAGAUUUGACGCGAAGAAACUUUUGGCUUAUUAUCGACGACCAGUCUUUGCACGUGUCAGAAAUAUUGGAAUUUGGUAUCGAAUUUUAGAUUCUAUCAGUAAAUUAUCAGUCAUUACCAAUGGAUUCAUCAUUGCCUUCACCAGUGACUUCAUACCUCGACUUGUUUAUGUUCUUUAUUACUCUCCAACUGGAAAUCUUGACGGUUACAUUGAAUUCUCACUUGCAAGGUUCAACACAUCACAAUUCAAACACGACACAGCACCAACUAAUCCUGGAAUUGCAAAUGUCACUGAAUGUCGGUAUCAGGAUUAUCGUUAUGGCCCAGAACAUCCAGAAGCUUAUGAGAGAACUUCAGUUUUCUGGAAUGUGAUGGCAGCACGCAUGAUUUUUGUGGUCAUUUUUGAGAACGCUGUGGCUGUCGUUAUGAUCCUAGUUAGAUGGUUGAUUCCUGAUAUUUCUGCUGAACUUCGCGAUCAAAUAAGGAGAGAAGCUUACAUAACAAAUGAAAUAAUCAUCAAACAAGAAGCUUUACGAGCAACUCAAGCUGCAUCAGCGAGGCAAUUAAUAAGCCAAUCAGCAUGGAAUCAUUUGCUUGGAAGCAACCUUUCAGGCUCUCAAUUCGAUCUUCUCAUUGAUUCUGAACAACAAACGCGUACAAAAGAUCACUUUAGAAAGCGAAAUUCAAACUCGAAAAGAACUCAAUCGUUUCUAGAUGAAGAAUCGUCGAAUAAUAAUAAUUUAAGAGAAAAUGAAUCAAAAGAGGAGACGGACACGCAAUAUGUGAUAGAAAUGGUUGAUGCCAUGAAGAAGGUCGCCUCAACUGAUGUUGAAUUGACAGUUGAAGAGCGCAAUUUGCUGUCAGUCGCUUACAAAAAUGUCAUUGGCGCACGUCGUGCAUCCUGGCGUAUAAUUUCGUCAAUCGAACAGAAAGAGGAGAACAAAGGAGUUGAAGAGAAACUUGAAAUGAUCAAAAACUACCGUUCACAAGUGGAGAAAGAACUUCGCGACAUAUGUUCAGAUAUCUUAGAUGUUUUGGACAAGCAUCUGAUACCUUGCGCCACAACCGGCGAAUCGAAAGUAUUCUACUAUAAAAUGAAAGGCGAUUAUCAUCGUUAUUUGGCUGAAUUUGCAACUGGUAAUGAUCGUAAGGAAGCCGCCGAAAAUUCACUAGUAGCUUACAAAGCUGCAAGCGAUAUCGCAAUGACCGACUUACCACCCACACAUCCAAUCCGAUUGGGACUCGCAUUGAACUUCUCUGUCUUCUACUACGAAAUUCUCAAUGCUCCCGAUCGUGCCUGUCGACUCGCAAAAGCAGCAUUUGACGAUGCCAUCGCCGAAUUGGAUACACUCAGUGAAGAGAGCUACAAAGAUUCAACACUUAUUAUGCAAUUACUAAGAGAUAACUUGACUCUUUGGACGUCAGAUAUGCAGGGCGAUGGUGAAGGAGAACAGAAGGAGCCCAUCCAAGACGUUGAGGAUCAAGAUGUGUCAAAUAAGUCGAUGAAAAAGAAAAAAAAUGAAGCAAGAAUGAAUGAAAGGAAACCGGAAAUUUGUUAUGGUUUUCAAGCGGCGAUCAUUCUCGCCGACACAGAAGUCAAAGCCCGCCGUUCAAAAAAAAAAUACUGUAGAAAGACUAAAACAAUCAAAAUGGCAAAUGGAGAAGAGAAAAUGGAAAUUGAAAUGAUUGGUGACAAUGAUGAAAUAGAAUCAGAUGAUGGAAAUGAGUCUGGAAAUGACGAUGAAGUUUAUUUGCCGAAUAAAAAACCAUUGGCUGAGGACGAAGAACUUGUUUGUGAUGAAAGUGCUUACAUUAUGCUUCACUCUGCAUCGACAGGUGCACCAUGUUUAAGUUUUGAUAUUGUUAAAGAUAAAAUGGGCGUAAGAGAGAAAUUUCCAAUGACUUCUUAUAUCGUUGCUGGAACUCAAGCUGCUGCUUCUCAUAUUAACAAUGUCAUUGUUAUGAAAAUGAGUAAUUUGCAUCGCACCAGCAAAGAGAAAGAAGAUGGUGAUUCUGAUCUUGAAAGUGACAUGUCUGAUGAUGAAACUGAAGGAGAAGAAAUUGAAGAGAAAAAACCAAAAAUGUCUUGCGCCCUCUUAAACCAUGUCGGAUGUGUUAACCGCAUUAGAUCCAGUGAAGUUAAUAAUCAGACAUUCAGCGCAAGUUGGAGCGAAACUGGAAAAGUUUUCAUCUUCAACAUUACAGAUCAGUUGAAAGCUGUUGAUGAUUCAGAUCUGUUAAAGAAUUACGAAGACACAAAUCAGAGUUUACUUGUGAAACCAGUUUUUGUGUUUCGUGGUCACCGAUCCGAAGGAUAUGGAAUUGAUUGGAGCUCAACAGAACCUGGUGUACUUGCUACAGGUGAUUGUCAAAAAGAUAUUCACAUUUGGAAGCCAACCGAUGAUGGUUCAUGGACUGUAAAUCAAACUCCACUCAUCGGCCACACUUCGUCAGUUGAAGACAUCCAAUGGAGUCCUAACGAACGUAACGUCCUUGCAACAUGCUCAGUUGAUAAAUCAAUUCGUAUUUGGGAUACUCGUGCUGCUCCUCAAAAAGCUUGUAUGUUGACAGCUGAGAAUUCUCAUGAAAGUGAUGUUAAUGUUAUCAGCUGGAAUAAAACUGAACCGUUUAUUGCAAGUGGUGGUGACGACGGAGUUCUUAAAGUAUGGGAUUUAAGGCAUUUCCAAAACAAUACACCAAUCGCUACAUUCAAACAUCACACAAAUCACAUUACAACAGUUGAGUGGAAUCCAAAUGAAUCAACUGUCCUUGCUUCAGGUGGUGACGAUGAUCAAAUUGCUUUAUGGGAUUUGUCAGUUGAACGAGACGACAAUGACACGAGUCAAAACGAUCCUCAACUUCGUGAUCUUCCACCUCAACUUCUCUUCAUUCAUCAAGGACAAAAAGAGAUUAAAGAACUUCACUGGCAUCCACAACUACCUGGCGUUAUUCUUUCAACAGCUCACAGUGGUUUUAAUGUUUUCAAAACUAUAAGCGUUUAA